AUGGCUAAACAGUUCCAGAUGGAGGAAGAAAUAUCAUUUACAGAACAACUGGAGCUCGAAGAACUGGAAAGGAAAAAGAAAGAGGGUGCAUUAACAAAAACAGAUGAAGAUGGCACUGUUUAUGAUUGGGAUGAAGAGAAGAGAGCAUGGUUUCCAAAGAUUGAUGAGGACUUCAUAGCUAAGUAUCAGAUGAAUUAUGGAGCCAAUGAAGAAGAGGGCGAUACAAAUGAUCAGGACAAGUACAGGGAGUACUGGGAAAAUUAUCACAAACAGCAAAAUGAAAGUGAAAGUAAUGCUGAAGGAGUUGACAUAAAUAGUGAAGAAUAUUACAAACAAUAUACAGAAUAUUAUAAGAAUUAUUAUGCUCAGUAUUAUGAGCAGCAACAGCAGGAUCAGAAAGAGAGAGGAAGGGGCCAAAAGUGAGGGGGAAAAGAAGGGAAAAGGAAAGGAAGCAAAUUUUUAGCCCAGAAACCCGCAGAAGAACCACAGUGGUUUGAUGUGCAAGAUGAGAAAAACACAAAUGUGUAUGUGAGUGGUCUCCCUGUGGAUAUAACAGAGGAGGAGUUCAAGGAACUGAUGAACAAGUGUGGAAUGAUCAUGUUUGACCCUCAGAAGAAGGCUCUCAAACUGAAGCUUUACAGAGACCAGAAUGGGGAACCUAAAGGGGAUGGCAGGUGCUGUUAUAUCAAGGUUGAGUCUGUGGAGCUAGCACUAAAGAUUUUAGAUGGAUAUGAUGUACGCGGACACAAAAUUCAUGUAGAAAGAGCCAAGUUUACAAUGAAGGGAGAUUUUGAUCCAAGCAAAAAACGAAAGAAACUCACCAACAAAGAGAAAAAAAGGCUGAAAGAGAAACAGCAAAAAUUGUUUGACUGGCGACCAGAGCGACCAAUUGAUGCCAGACAAAAAUGUGAAAAAGUUGUCAUCUUGAAAAACAUGUUUUCUCCAAAAGAGUUUGAUGUGGACCCUGUGUUGAUUAAUGAACUUCGUGACGACGUCCGACAAGAAAGCUCAAAAUUUGGAGAAGUCAAAAAUGUCAAAAUUUAUGAUAACCACCCAGAAGGCGUUAUGUCGGUGUCAUUCAAAGAAGCGGAGCAGGCCGACGCUUGUAUUGCAGCAAUGAACGGACGAUGGUUCGCCAAGCGCCAAAUCUCGGCCGAAUCUUGGGAUGGAAAGACUAAAUACGAGAUACAGGAGUCAGAAGCUGAGCGGGACGAACGAUUGAAGAAAUGGGAGCAAUACUUAGAGACCGACAAGGAAAAGCAAGUCGAUGUUCCAGAUCAGUCACUGACAAAUACUUCUUGUGUAGAAGCCACGGGAGCUUCAGGUUUGUGUAAUACCGAGACUGUGACGGGAGUGUGUCCGGCUACUGAAGGUGUGUCCUACUGAAGGUUGUACGACACAGACCCCCGACACCACAUCAGGUGCUCAAGGCUGUCAGUAGGAAAUAUACUCUACCAAUCAACCUUAACAGGCUUAAAGGAGGCCAAGAAAUCUACAUCAAACUACAAUGUCUUAGAAUAUGAUAACAAAAACAGCAUCAUACUACAAUGUCUUAAAAAUAUAUUUGAAGCACACUUUUUUGUCUGACCAUUUAUAUGUUAAAUCUUUCAGAAUAUGGAAGGUUUAAUCAAUGAAUAAAUGAAAAAUACAAGUAAUGUAACAGGA